GCCAUAAAACAGAAGAAGAAGAAGAAUUACACCGCUUUUGGGUACACGUCAUAGUGAGGGCGCCGGAAAUGUAGUUUUUGGAGGCAGACUCAUCUGGCGUUGUGGCGGUAAGUUAGUCUGUGCUGCACCGGAGCAUGCCCGUUACCGUGUGGGUACCGAGAACGGACAAGAAGGCCUGCUGCCCCGUGCACUCUUGAGCCGGAGCACCCUCGCGGCCCACGGACCUCUCCGGCUAACGUUAGCAGCUAGCCGGUGGGAGGCGGGACGAAGAGCCGAAGCGGCUAAAACAGAGGUCAUGUUUCUGCACGAUGAACUCGGGCCGAAAGUGUCUUAAAGUCAGCCUGUCCGGCCCAGCUCCUGCCGUCACUGCUACUACACUGCUGCAGCUCGCCUCCCAUGAUGCUUUGCUACAGGAGAAGGAGGAGGAGCAGCGUCACCAGCUGGUGGAGGAAGACACAACUGACUCCAGACUCGUCAUCACCAUGGAGGACAGCCAGGUGGAGAUGAAGGCUGCCAAAAGGACAGCUGCCAGAAGGAGGAAGAGGAAACUGGCUGAGCAGGAGGAGCCAAAGGAUGGGGCCUCAGAGAGUGAGGAGGAGGCAGGAGUGGAGGUGGAGAUUGACAGACAGCUGGAUCAGUCACUGGAGACAAAGUCCAAACAGCACAACCUGACCACGGUGAACGUGAAAAACAUCAUCCAUGAAGUGAUCACCAAUGAGCAUGUGGUGGCCAUGAUGAAAGCUGCCAUUAAUGAGACUGAGGCUGUCCCUCCAUUUGAGCCCAAAAUGACUCGAUCUAAGCUGAAGGAGGUGGUGGAGAAAGGCGUAGUGAUUCCAACCUGGACUAUCUCGCCCAUCAAGAAAACCAGUGACAUUGUCAAGGCUCCGCAGUUUGUCGACAUCCCUCUGGCUGAGGAAGACUCCUCUGAUGAUGAGUACCAUCCUGAGGAGGAGGAGGAGGACGAGACGGCUGAAGACACAUUCCAGGAGAGUGACAUGGAGAGCACAGCUUCGUCUCCUCGAGGGAGUCGGCUGCCCCGAGCUGAGGACGACAGCUCCAGCCCAUGGCAGAACUCGCGGAGCCGGUCCAGACUUGUGAGGGCAAGGUCUGUUUCCAUGGGACCACCCCCUCCCCCCAAAGCUCCACUUCCUAAACCUGUGACUGACAGGACCUUCCUGGAGAAGCUUCAUGCUGUGGAGGAGGAGCUGGCUGUUUGUAUGGAGCCCUAUCAGCCUCUGUCUGAGUCGGAGGAUGAGACGGGUCUCAUGGCGUAUCGGACUCGGUCCAAACGUCCUCUCAGGGAUGUCCCACUGGGCCGGCUGGAGGCAGAACUCCAAGCUCCUGACAUCACACCUGAUAUGUACGACUCUAGCUCCACCCAUGAGGACAGGGAGUGGACUGAUUGGCUGAGAGGGCUAAUGAGCUCAGACAUGGACAAUGAAGAGGAGUGUGAUGAUGAGGAUGAUCCAGAGUACAACUUCCUGGCUGACAUCGACGAGCCCGAUGUAGAGGAUUACCGUGACGACAAGGCUGUCCGCAUCACCAAAAAGGAGGUGAACGAGCUGAUGGAGGAGCUCUUUGAAACGCUGAAAGAGGACCUGGCUGGACAGGAAGUGGAUGAUGAAGGCCACGAGGAAGAGGAAGAGCCACAGGAGGAAGCACAAACAUUUCAAACCCACACACCGGAGGAGCAGCAGGACAGAGAGUGUGCUGAUGAUGAGGCUGAGGAUGGACGAAUCAGAGAGCUGCGCACAGUGAAGCAGCAGCUGGCAUUGAUAAGAAAGAAACAGCUGACUGGAGUGCCACAUGACACGCACACAGAGUUGAUCAUGCUCAAAGUGAGCGUUGAGCAGAAGAAACGCCUGCAGCAGCAGCUCCAACAGCAUGUCCAGCUACUUACUCAGGUUUACCUGCUGACCUCACUUGUGCCCAGACUGCACAGCGAAGCGGAGACCUGCCGGCAGUUCCUGUGUGAGCUAGACCUGCUGGCGCAGCGGGCCGAGCUGAUUGGUUUGUUGGCUCUUCCUGGUUUCUGUAGUGUCUUCAGAGCAUCCAACCUGCAGGUGGCGCUGCAGCUGCUGGAGGAGCUGCGUCAGGCUCCCAUCAGCUACCAGCCACAGCUUCGCCCCCGUGAUGCCCGGGGACGCAUGCGCUGCUUCCCCGUCAUGCCGGCUGAGCUUGCCUGGCUCUUUGCCACACGGCCCGUCUUCAUGUACCCAGAGCUGCUGCCUUGUGCUAGCCUAGAUCCCGCGCUGUACUGCCCCCGGAGGACAGCAGCCUUCACUGCAGCUGAGGACUGUCUGUUGGUGCUCGGCCUCAGGAAUAUGGAAGGGUCAUGUGACCCGCCCAAACUAGUGUCUCAGUUCCUGCUGAGGAAGUCUCUGGUUCAGGUUCGACGAAGGAUCCUGCAGUGCUGCCGACCAGGUUUUCCUGACAACGUUGUCAAGACCUUCCGGUACCAGCGGCGGGUGCUCCCAAUGCCAGUGGCAUGUCGUCCCGUGAAUUUAGCAGACUGGCGACCUCCUGUGGAGAGAGAGGAGAGCGUCAUGCCUCUGUGGCUGCUGCGCUCUCUCCCCGUCAUCUACCCAACCAUUAGGGACUAUAAUAGCUCCGCCUCAAACAUCCCAACCCCCUUCAGAUGGACUGGAGCCCGGCAGAGUCAGCUGACUUCCCCGCACUCCACCUCCAGCUCCUACAGCUUCCCCCCCGGGACCCGAUACCCACCCCACCUCCCUCAGAACCUGGACUUCAGACGGAUCGGCUUUGUAUUGCUGAAUCAACCCCACAACCCCCCUCAUCCCCCCGACUAUGCCCCCUCCGCUCCCACUCCUCCUCGAGUCCUCCUUCACCGCCUGCUCCUGACCAGGACCGAGUCCCCCACUGAUAUCUCCACUGCCACUGUGCCUAUGGCAACCAGAGAGCAAAUUAGACACUACAGUCAGAAACUUGCAGCCCUGAGGAGGAGGGGAAGGGAACACAAAUCCUUUACACCUCCUUCCUGCGAUGACCCCACCUCCCGUCAGGUGACAGGGGAUGAUGUCAUCAGAACUGAUGAAGAGGAGGAGGAAGAAGGUGACAUCAUCCUGGUUCUGUCUGAAUCUUCACCCAGUGCUGCAGGAAGUGUUUCUGUCAGUGACGAUGUGCAGGAGGUGGGGUCAGAGAGUAAAGAGGACGGAAUCUUGACACCACCUAGAGGAGCAGAAGAAGACAGUGGUGAUCCUGAUGAAGAUGGAGACAGAAAAACUCUCCUUCAGCAGCCACUGUCAGAAGAAAGUGAUGAAGAUGAUCAGAGAGAGUCAGAAGACGUGCUGUUCGCUCAUGAUUAUCUCUACAGGGUUUGUGAGGCAGUCCAGAUGUAUCCAGGCCUGUGGGAGGAACUGGUGUGUGUGUUGGACGAGUUCUCAACUGCUGCAGUUGAUGUCCUGUAUGACAGAAUAAGCAGCGUGCUGCAGCCGUGGCCUCAGCUGCUCAGAGACUUUGCCGCCUUCCUGAACCGCAGACAAGCUCGCCACUGUGGCCUGCUUCUGGAGCAGCAAUUAUUUGAACGCAGUCGAGUGUUUCUAUGGAAACUGAGAUGGAGCCUGGGAGAAAGUUCCGCCCUCUACCAACAGGUGGUGUCAGUACUGCAAGGAAGCUCUGCCCCGUUACCUGAGGAUAUAAACAAGCUCUCUUCUUUGCUCUGCCAUCAUCCCGACCUGCAGCAGGAACUCCGCCAGUUCUACCACGAGUUCCACACCACAAACUGUGCUACCCAGAGUUCCCCUGACAGGAGCCAAGGCACCGACAGAGAGGAACAGGAGGAGGGGCAGCGGCAAGCAGUUUGUGCCAAAAACAUCACUUUGACAGCCACUGGGGAGAAAGUCGUCAUGUGGACACGCGAGGUGGACCGAGCCAUCCUGACUGCCUGUCGGGAGAGGGGAGCCACUUGGAAAACGUUCAGACAGGUGUCUACCCACCUGGGAAACAAGACUGCCCAACAGGUACGCCUUCGGUUCCUCGACCUGAUGAAGCUUUUCCACUCUGCAAAGUCCACUUCCUGUUCCUUUGAGGCACAGCCAAUGAGCAGGCAGGAUGCUCCAGACUGAGUCCUGGACCAGUUAGAGACCUGCAGAUAGACAACAGUCCAAAAUUAUGUGAAUCUGCCGCUGUCCAAGUUUGAGAAUCCAGUGGAGUUUAUUUAGAUGAAAGAAUGGAGUCUCGCAGGAGGCGCUCUGCUCACCUUUGCCAGACUGUUUAGAGAACGUGUGUCUAAAAUGUGUUGAGACAAGAGGAUCAAGGAGUUCAAUUUUAGAUCAGAGAAUGAUUCAGGAUACAUGUGAAUCUCCUUGGCUGACCUUUGGUUCUGGACUUUAGGUUUAGAGACUUAGCUGUGGAUUUAAAAUCUAGAACCAGUUAAAAGUUCUACAGCCUCAGGAUAACACUUUCUUCCUACAAUCUGGGUGAUGGUGGAUUCUGCAGACCUUUUUUCUCUGGAGCGGAUUUGAGGCUGAUCAAAGAGGUCAUUUGCAGGACUGUAGUUUACUGUGAAAGAGUUCAGAGACACUUCCUGUUUAUACUUCAACUCUGAUUUGUUGACCAAUCAGAGCAGAGCUUUAUUUAAGAAUUAUUUAUCAUUAAUUUAUCUCCUCUAGAGACGGAGGGGCCUCUGUGGUCACAUAAUACAAAGAAGGAAAGUAGAAACCAGCUCCAGUCAGCUUAAACUGGGUCAUGUGAACUUGGUGAUGGCCCUGUCUUCUGGUUUCCCAUAAUGCUCUGCGUUGAGGGCAUCUCAUCACUCCCAUGAUUCCAUGCUCUCACGUUGGUGAAGGAGACAUUGUGUGAAGAUUUUGUACAAAUGUUUAUUCACAUUGAAUGUUUACAAAUACUUUUAAGGAGUAAAAAAUGUUUAAUGAGUUA